AUGGGCGGCGGCACCUCUCUCUGGGCUUCUCCUGAGUGGAAGAAGGACCCCAAGGAAAUCUUCAACAGGAACCUCCUGCUGCUGGGCGUCACCAUCGCCUUUGCGGGAUGCUCGUAUGGAUUCGACCAGGGCAACAUUGGCGGCAUCAUGACCUUUCCGUCGUUUCGGAGGGCGUUUGGGUUCGACGACCUGACGACCGGAGAGGCGGACACGAGAGAGGGAAACAUUGCAGCUAUGCUGGCUGCUGGUGGUUCCGCUGGCGCCCUCAUCGCAGCGCCGUGUGCCGACUUUCUGGGUCGGAAAAUGUCCGUCGCCAUCAUGGCGGGCCUCUUCCUCGUCGGAUGCGGCAUGCAGGAAGUCCCUAACCUGAAUGUCCUCUAUGCUGGGAGGCUUCUGGCCGGCCUCGCUAUUGGUGCCCAGUCCAUGCUUGCUCCUCAGUACCUCGCCGAGAACUCGCCAAAGUCGAUCCGAGGCUCCCUCACUACCACGUACAACCUCAUGAUCAUCUUUGCUCUUGCUGUUGCGUUCUGGAUCAACUACGCCGUCAGCACGUGGAAGAACCAGGACCCAAACGACAACAAGUCGUGGCAGCUGGCUCUUGGCGUCCAGCUCAUUCCAGGCUUCUUCCUCUUCGCUCUCAUCUGGUUUGUCGUCGAGACCCCCCGUGCUCUGAUCUCCAAGGGACAAUAUGAGGUUGGCCUCAAGAACCUGUGCAAGCUGCGAGGCCUGCCCGCGGACCACCCCUACGUCCACCAGGAAUACAUGGAGAUUACCGCGCAGGCAGAGAUCGAGCAGGCCCAGACAAAGGGUUACAGCUACAUCACCGUCAUGCGCGAAAUCGCCACCAACGCCAGCAACCGCCGCCGUCUCUUCCUCGCCGUCAUGCUCUUCAUCUUCCACAAGCUCACCGGCACCGACUCGAUCAACUACUUUGCCCCUCAGAUCUUCUCCAUGAUUGGUGUUGCCAAGGGCUCCAGCUCUCUUCUCACCACCGGAGUGUAUGGCGUUGUUAAGUUGGCAGCGACUAUCAUCUACGUUACCGUGAUAGUUGACCGUGUGGGCCGCCGUCUCCCGCUCAUGAUUGGUGCCACCAUCCAGGCUACUUCUAUGCUAUACAUUGGUCUCUACCUCCGUUUUGUCAACCCGGAGGCUGGGGGAGGUACCGAGGCAGGUGGAAUUAUUGGAAUCGUCUGGCUGUACCUGUAUGCCUUCGGUUGGUCAUUUGGCCACUCUGUCGCCCCAUACGUUGUUGCCGCUGAGAUCUUCCCUGCCCGUAUUCGAUCCUUUUGCAUGGCUUGCUGCUUGUUCACCAACUGGAUCCUCAACUACGGCAUCACUACAGCGACGCCUCACAUGCUUACCACCAUGGGAUACGGAGCUUUCCUCUUCUUCGCCGUUGCGACUUACAUUGGCGUUGUCUUUAUUUACUUCUGCCUGCCCGAGCUCAAGGGUCGCAGUAUCGAGUCCAUGGAUGAUCUGUUCCAGCAUUCCCUCUGGACCAUGUUCAAGCGUGCCUACCCUACCGAGGAAGAAAAGGUUCGCCAUGAUGUCCAGGAAAUUAUUCAACAGGAGAAGACCGAGGGUGGUGGUCAGGUCUACAUGGUUGAGGAUGCCGAGAAGCGGUUAUAGAUGUUCAAUGAUACUGCUUGAUUGCAGUAGUCUUGAUUGAAUGGCGGAAUAGGAGACCAUGUUGGAGGUUAGCUGUUGUGAUUCAGAUAAACACCUUGAAUAGUUG